AAAAGUAGAAGAAAGUACUCUUUAACGGUUUGGUUCAGACCAUCAUCUUCAUCUGAAACAAUCCAAUCCAAUCCGAUGCAAUGAAAGCUCUCCUCAAUCCCGAAUCUUCCUUCUCCCUCUCUCCGAUUCAGAUCAAGCGACCUACCUACUACUCCUCCUCCUCCUCCUCAUGCCUCCGGUUUCCCUUAACCGGUUUCAACGGCCAUCCCUGGCGGCGGAAGCUCCUCCUCCCUCACGGUGGUUUCAAGAUAAAAGCAGUGUUGGACUCUGCAAUGAUGGAACAGUUUGGUCUCAAGGAGUCUGAUAUUAAAAAUCCAGCUCUCUCUACCACUUACCGUAGAUCCGAGAUUCCAAAAGCAAACCCUACCGUUCUUGAUGCUCAAGCUAGGGUUUGUACUGGACCUACUCAGACAAGGCCUCUCAGUGAAGAACAAGCUUUCAAGGUCUUUGAUACUAUACUUAGAUCAGCUAGAGGGGAACUAAAAGGAGAAGAGACAGUGUCAAAGGCCCAGCUUGGUGCUUUCUUUGCUGGGAUGACAAUCCGAGCAAAUGCAUUUCCUGAGGAGACUCAAUGGAGUGAAGGUGAAAAGAGGGCCAUGGAUGUGUUCUGGCCGCUUCUUGUUAGGGCGCUACCUCCUGAUGUGCUCUUCAUUGCAGACCCUGAAGGGUCUCUUUUGGGGACUGGUAGCUCUGUUGGGCCUACUUUUGUUGGCAAUGAAGCUAAGGAGAUGAGGUUGGUUGGUGCGUUGAGAGAGGUUUUGGCUGGUGGUCAUCUUGGUUAUGAAGAGGUUAAAGGUGUUCUGAGAGAUGUUCUGCCUCUUGGAAAGGAAGAUGGGUUGGUGUCUGGAGUGAGUGAGUCUUUGCUUUCUGCGUUUUUGAUUGGUCAGAGGAUGAAUAGAGAGACUGACCGAGAGCUUAAAGCUUAUUGCCUUGCGUUUGAUGAUGAACUUGGGGCUGCUCCUGUUGCUGAUGUUAAGUCGUUGACGCAUUAUGGGGAGCCUUAUGAUGGGAACACUCGUUUUUUUCGAAGCACGCUGUUUGUGGCUACGGUUAGAGCUUGCUAUGGUGAAUCUUCACUGCUCCAUGGCGUUGAAUGGAUGCCUCCAAAGGGUGGUGUGACUGAGGAGCAAAUGCUGAAGUUUAUGGGAGCAAACACAAGUUUGUCUGUUCACCAGGCAAAAGAACUCAUUGAGGAUGAGAAGGCUGGAUUUGCGUAUCUUAGUCUACGGGAAGCUCGGCCAUCUUUAUAUUCGGUAGUGGGAAUGAGGGAGCACAUAAAGAAGCGUCCUCCUCUAGCAACAACGGAGAAAGUUCAACAGUUUGUGAGGGCGACAGGGAAGGAAUCCAUUGUGGCGGGGUUUUACCAUGAAGGCUACGAGGAGCCUCUCCUAAUGCUUAUGAGAAGAAGAGGUGUCCACUCUGGUUUGGUGGUUAAGGGAGAAGAAGGGGCACUCUCAAUGACAACAAGGGUGCGAGCAGCAACUGCAUCAAAAGGGUUUCCAGUUAACUACUGUUCUGGUUUCCGUUCAUUGAGUUCAGACACUGCUCUAGAAGCUGACGGUGUUUCACGUCAGAGUUUCAACCUUGAGGUGGAUGCAAGAAACUAUGGAUUUGAGCCAACAGAGACUCCAAGAACUGAUCGUUCGGUGUCCAAGAACAUAGAGCUGGGUUUGGCAGCACUUCGUGGUGAGAAAGGAGCUGCUUAUGAUAGAAUCGUCCUAAAUGCUGGGAUUGUAGAUCAUUUAUUGGGAGGUGAAGGUGCAGAAGAUGUGGCUGUGGCAAUGGAGAGAGCAAAGGAAGCUAUUGACAGUGGGAAGGCUCUAAAGAAGCUUUUGAAUUACAUUGAGAUCUCACGCAAGAUGAAAUAGCUCUCCAAAUAAUCUGGAGACUUGACAAAUCAUCAUACACGGAAUAGAGAGAUGCAUAUUCACACUCUUUCUUGAAUCUUUUUUUGUUUUGUUUCGUUUGUGUGGACAAAACUCUCUAGUCUUCUGUAUUGUUGUUUUUUUUACAGAAUGGACACAUAAGAUAAAUGCUUGUGGGGACUUUCUGUGGAUAGAUGGGUGAAUGCAUGUACAUAAUCUGUUUAUGAUGUGUGUGUGUUUUUUGGAGUGAUUCAUAAUUCAUCUUAGUGGAUUUUGUUUUUUCAUAUAAAAUCAUAUUCGAGUCAAU